AUGGCCAAAAACAAACAGCAACAGGAAAAGCCCACCCUCUCUUUCGAUGAUAUGAUCAAGGCAGAUCGUCAAAAGCGCAAGGCAGAGAAUCUUGCCCAGGAGAUCUUUGGCAAAGACCGUCGCCAAAGUGCUCCUCAGAACAACUCCAACAAGCGACCGCAAACGCCCUUGGGUGCAAGUCUGGCCAGUCGACGCUCAUCCUCGGCCGCAUCCAUCCCGACGCUGGGCAAACAACAGCAGUCUCGUGGAAACCAGAAGAACCGCAACAACCGUCAAUCACAAGGAGGUCCAGACACAAGAAGAGAUGCAGCAUACCAAUCCGCAGCACAACAAGCCCCGCCCGCUUCGUUCAACAUCAAGUCGCGAUCCUUUGCGCCUGUCGACAGCGAGAUCACAAUCCGUGGAGCUGCUGGACCGUACUGUGUUGUCGCCAGCAACUUUGCGCCAGGCACAACGGCCGCCGACAUUGAGAGCGUCAUGGCUCCCAUCGGUGGUGACAUGUCUGGCUGCAAAUUGAUCUCUUCUUCGCCUAACGUCAUGGUCGAAAUGCUCUUCCUGGACAAGGCCGGCGCCGACAAUGUUAUCAACACGUUCAACGGCAAGAAGGCUGACGGAAGGCUGUUGUAUGUCUACCUUAAGGAGGCCGGCCCAUCACAAUCCUUCCAUUCUGCCACGCCACGCAUCGCUUCACCAGUCGUCGUGGCACAAGCCGAACCUGCUCAAGAACAAGGAGCCGAAGACACGAUGGAGAUCGAGCAACCAUAUCCCACCGAGCCCAGCCCUCUUCCACCCCAUGAGCCUUCUCCCCGCCCUGCAUACAACAAUUCACGGUCUCGCGACGGUAGAGCCUCGUACCGCGAAGACUACGACCGUGGCGAUCGUCACGCACAACCAGACUAUCAAGAUGGAAGAUAUGGCUUCAACGAGCAACGCUACAACGAGCCGCGCUAUGAUGAUCGCCGUCCCAGAUACCGUGACGAGGGUCGCAUGUACUCGGACGACGUGAUGCGCGGUGGUUCUCGCAGAGGUGGAGGAGGUCGUGGCGGCGGUCGCUACCGUGGAUAG